GAGUGGCUUCUUGUAAUCGCGAGGAACCUGCAAACCGGUUCCCCUAUUUGCUUCUGUCCUGCAUUGCACCGGAGCGGAAGGUGGUGGGACGUCUGAAGAGCCUGAUGUCCUAGAGCUCGUGUUCAUGUAAGCUUCGGGUUAGCUGACAACAGACAAAGCUCCGAGUGUUGAGGCUGUCAGCAUGCUGGGAACAUAAGCAUUCGCCUGCCGGUGCGUGAGGAAUGCAGGAGAAGGGAGAUGUUUUAAGGCGUGUUUGAGUAGGGAUGAGGUUUUUCUAAGAGGACGGGCGGGGCCUCGAGGGAGCACUGUCCGAACUGACCUCGGAAACCGGCGUACCGGUUGUGUUUGUGAAAAGGAGGAAGAUAGGCGGCUAUGGUCCAACCCUGAAGGCUUAUCAAGAGGGCAGACUUCAAAAGCUACUGACAAUGAAUGGCUCUGAGGAUCAUCCCGAGUCCUAUGAUUAUGACCUCAUCAUCAUUGGAGGGGGCUCAGGAGGAUUGGCAGCUGCUAAGGAGGCAGCCAAGUAUAACAAGAAGGUUAUGGUACUGGAUUUUGUUACUCCAACUCCUCUCGGAACUAGAUGGGGUCUCGGAGGAACAUGCGUGAAUGUGGGUUGCAUACCAAAAAAACUGAUGCACCAGGCAGCUUUGUUAGGACAGGCCCUGCGAGACUCCCGAAACUACGGCUGGACCGUCGAGGAGACGGUUAAACAUGACUGGGAUAAAAUGACAGAAGCUGUACAGAAUCACAUCGGCUCUCUGAACUGGGGCUACCGGGUGGCUCUGCGGGAGAAGAAAGUCACCUAUGAGAAUGCAUAUGGGCAGUUUAUUGGUCCUCAUAGGAUUAAGGCAACAAAUAACAAAGGCAGAGAAAAAAUUUAUUCAGCUGAGAGAUUUCUCAUUGCUACUGGCGAAAGGCCGCGUUACUUGGGCAUCCCUGGUGACAAAGAGUACUGCAUCAGCAGCGAUGAUCUUUUCUCCUUACCUUAUUGCCCGGGUAAGACCCUGGUGGUCGGAGCAUCCUACGUGGCUUUGGAAUGUGCUGGAUUUCUUGCUGGCAUUGGUUUAGACGUCACUGUUAUGGUGCGGUCCAUUCUCCUUCGAGGAUUUGACCAGGACAUGGCCAACAAAAUUGGUGAACAUAUGGAAGAACACGGUGUCAAGUUUAUAAAACAAUUUGUACCAAUAAAAAUUGAACAAAUAGAAGAAGGGACACCAGGCCGUCUCAGGGUGGUAGCUAAGUCCACCAAUAGUGACGCAGUCAUCAAAGAAGAGUAUAAUACGGUAUUGCUGGCAAUAGGAAGAGAUGCUUGCACAAGAAAAAUUGGCUUAGAAACCGUGGGGGUAAAGAUAAAUGAAAAGACUGGAAAAAUACCUGUCACGGAUGAAGAACAGACCAAUGUGCCUUACAUCUACGCCAUCGGCGAUAUUCUGGAGGGGAAGCUGGAGCUCACCCCAGUAGCGAUCCAGGCAGGAAGGUUGCUGGCUCAGAGGCUUUAUGCCGGCUCCACUGUCAAGUGUGACUAUGAAAAUGUUCCAACAACUGUGUUUACUCCUUUGGAAUAUGGUGCCUGUGGCCUUUCUGAAGAGAAAGCUGUGGAGAAAUUUGGGGAAGAAAAUGUUGAGGUUUACCAUAGUUACUUUUGGCCGUUGGAAUGGACAAUUCCAUCAAGAGAUAACAACAAAUGCUACGCAAAAAUAGUCUGUAAUAUCAAUGACAAUGAACGUGUCGUGGGCUUCCACGUACUGGGUCCAAAUGCCGGAGAAGUCACACAGGGCUUUGCAGCCGCGCUCAAGUGUGGCCUGACCAAAAAUCAGCUGGACAGCACCAUCGGAAUCCACCCCGUCUGUGCAGAGGUGUUCACGACCCUGUCAGUGACCAAGCGUUCUGGGGGAAGCAUCCUGCAGACCGGCUGCUGAGGUUAAGUCCCAGUGUGGAUGCUGCCGCCACGUUUUCCAGACACUACGGUGCCUCCUCGCCCGAAUCCAAGGUGGAGCUUUCAGGAAGGUUCUCAGGCCUUGACACCCAUGUGUCCUGUGCUCACACCACGCCAGGCCCCCUCGGAUCUCGUGGGUAGGAGCUGGUGAGUGGAAGGCAGGCAGCAUCACACUGGGGUCACCACAAUGGACUUGAAACUGACCUUUGGCGGUGCAUCGAAAGGAUGCGUCCAUGAAGUCACUGGCCGCAAGCCCAGGUGGUGGGCAGUGACGGAACAACUGUCGAAGCAGUUUCAGCGUGACUUUCCUUGUGUGGUUUUUCUUAUUCUCAUUGUCAAGCUUUCUAAUGUUGAUUAUUUUUUUAUUUUAUUUUUUUCCAAAGUGUUAAUGAUACUAGAGAUGAAAAAUGUUAGCACUCGAUUUUUGUCCAAAAGCAAGUCAUGGCUCUAGUAUGCAAAUAAGGUGCCUUCUUGCUUGGAAGGCGUGAUUUGGCUCACUUGGGGGUGAAGUGGCCUGUCCCCUGACAGACGGUGAACCACCCUGGGACUUGAAUGUGCUGUGCUGCUCGACUGGCUUGUUUAGCAGUGUCUUCCCUACUCAGUUAUAUGUUCAAAACAAGUACAGUUAUCAUUGAGUCUGGCCAGAUUUGCCCCCGUGUGCUACAUCACUAAUUAUUAUUUUUCUGUUUAGGAAAGGAUAUGGCUACUUGGCCAGCCUAUUUGAAGUAAUAUUCCACUGCAUGGAACUUGGUAGUCUAAUAUAAUUUACACCAUUAUUUAUCAUAGAAGCAGAUGGACACCUAAAAUGGGGAAAUGUCUUUAUUUAGAUUAUUGCGUGCAGGUCUAAGUGAAACACUCACUUUUCUAAAAAUUUUUUUUUUUUUUUUUUUUGGUAACAUUAGCUUUAAGCUAAAAACAAAAUAUCACGGCUUUAUUUUUCAUGUGUGUUAUGUAUCUGUCCCUUUCUAAGAACUACAUUUAUAGGAAAAUAGGUCUUUCCACACUUACGAUUUAACUCUUUUAUGGUUAUUGCUUGUUUUUAAGGAAGCCAUUAAUGUCAUAAGUUAUUAUUAUUAUUGAAUACAGGUGGAUGUGAAGGAUUUUUAUUUAAAAACCAAAUGGUUUUGAUUUCUUCUGUUGAAUGAAUGACUGUGCCUGGUGGGCUUUUGGCAGAAGUGUUCACGCCUUGUUAGCAUUCCAACUUGUAUUAUGAUGAACAGGUAUUAACUCUGCAGUUACAGAUUUCUGUGUAAAUGUACUAAGGGUUAUAUUUAGGUCUUCUCACUGUAGAAGUUGGAUUUUAACCAUGUGCUGUGGACACCAGGCCUCCCACCAACAGUUCUUGUAGCUCCAGUGGUUGGUUCAAAGUCCAUUUCUCGGUCACCUCAGGGAACUCCUGCAUCGGCUGGCCUUCGGUCAGCAGAGCACCUCACCCUGUCCCCCAGGGCUCUGCCUCACGUCCUCAUCUGGUUAUAUGACAAAAAUGAGAAAAGGAAAAAAGGACAAGCAAAUCGAGGCAGUUGAAUGUUGAGUUUUAUUUUUUUAAUUUGUUUUGUCUCCAAGUCUGCCAGUCUCCGAAACCAGAACACUAGGCAGCAUGAGAUGAUCGUGCCUAAUCAUGUUGUGGUUUCUCUCUGCUUAGUGGAGCAGAGCCUUCUGCCCCCGCAAGAAGGACCAUACUUUACGGACUUGUCUUGUUUAGAUUCUGUAAUCGCCCAAUGGAUUGAAAUUCCUAUUAAGUUCCAUGUGUUUUUGUUAUAAAUCUUUAGGGGGAAAAAAAACACAAUGUGAACCAUUAAAAGGUAUUGCUAUCCA